UGUGACGUAAUUUUGAGGCAUUAGAGAUGGUGCAUUGACUGAUUAAGGAAGAACGGACAUUUAACACCAAUUUGAGAACUUGAAAUGUUGAUUGACGUGGAGUGAAGUUGACAAGUGUAAUAUCUGUUUAAAACGUUUGAAUGUAAAGGAGUCAUGAAAAUCAUUAAGAUGACACCAUUAAUUAGUGUUCCCUGUGGAGUUUUUAACACUGGUUUUAUUUCAAGGUGAAUGCGAUAGGUAACAACUGUCUGAAUGGGACAGGGAGCCAGUCUGAUACGUAAUGACAUUCACACCACUCACGUUUACACAACAUCACAGAGGAACUCCAACCUAACUAAUCGGGGCAGGCCAACAUCUCCAGAAAUGGUGUGUGAGUCGUGUAAUGCCAGCUUCAACAUCUUCAACAGAAAGAAAUUAUGCAAAGAUUGUGGACGCCACUUUUGUGCAAACUGUGUGAUGCAUCUACAAGAUAGUGUCAAAAGAUCUCACAGACAGUGCAAAAAGUGCAACAUCUUGACCUCAGGGAACUUCACUCGACAAGACCUCCAGAAAUGGAAAGUAAAAGACCUGCGGUCACUGCUGGACAAGCGAAACAUUUCCACUGAAGCAUGUACAGAGAAACAUGACCUGAUUGACCUUUUGGUCAUUACAUUUGGUGUGGUUAAUCAGAGUCACUCAGGGGAAAGGUCUUCCAGUUCAGCCCAAACCUCGGUUAAGAUACAAGGAAACCGUGGCAACUUGCAGGAACAUGGAUCAAUGUCAUCAAACAAUGAUGAGAGAUCCUCAAGGUCCGGUUCACAGCAGAAUGUCCCAUCGGCAUCCCAGACUUCGGCAAAUUCCGUCCCACCAUCAACCAGUGUCAACAAUCAACAGCGAUCUCAGUCUCUUCAGGAACCACAAGCACCACAUGUGGAGGAGCCACAGCGAUCGCACUCCCUCCAGCAAAAUGAAUCCGAAGUCGCACGAGCAGAACGGUUACGCCAGCGGCAGCAAGAGGAACUGAGGACAGCACAAAGGCUGAUGGAGGAGAUGAGGCGGCUCGAGAACGAGCAUCAAGUCCAACAAGAGAGGACAAAACGAUACACUCUGGACGACAUUAAAUCGGUGGAUGACAUCGAGACCCUGAGCGUUAGGCAGAUGAAGGAAGUAUUGGUCAACAAUUUUGUAGAUUAUAAAGGCUGUGUGGAAAAAACAGAACUUCAACAGAGGGUCGUUCGUUUAUGGAAAGAGCACCAAAAUAACAAGCAAAAAACAGAAGAAAUUAUCAGUGCAUCAGAAAAUGCACCUGCUGGUGUCACCACAACGUCGGAGGACGAGCUGUGUAAGAUUUGUAUGGAUGCAGCCAUUAACUGUGUGCUUCUGGAGUGUGGUCACAUGGUUACCUGUACACAAUGCGGUCGUCGCCUGGCGGAAUGUCCGAUCUGUCGACAGAAUGUUGUUAGAGCUGUCCAUAUAUUUAGAAGUUAAUGAUGAUAUGCAAUGUGUAAGGACGUGGUGUUUUUUGGGUUUUUUUGACAAUUAACGGUGAACAGACCAGAUCAUGUGAUAUCAAUUCAUCUGAUGAUGUACAAGAUUACUUGACCAAGAGGUUUUGAUUAGUCCCAAUUUCAGCUCAGUCCAGAGCCCUGGUGCCAUAUAUAUUUUUGGAGGAUUUGAGAUUUUCUUCUUUCAUUCACUUUAACAGGCCUUACAUAGUACGGCGACCUUCAUACGAGUGAUAUAUAUACAUGUAUAUAUGACUGUUUCUCACUCACUGUUUUAUAUGAGAUUAUGACGUGAUUUCCUUCUUGUAAACUUUUGUUUGAAUCGAAUCUUUCGGUGUAUUGUGAUUUGUUAGAUAUACCAGUAUUAUGUGUAUUGUUUCAUGCUAGAGUGUAUGUUUGAAUCGUGAAUAUACACACAAGUUACAGAUUAUGAUCUACACUGUGUGUAAGAUGUUAUGUAAGUAAAUACAUGUACUAUACCCAGUUCCAGAGAUGUGCUUUCUGACUGAACAUUUCUACAAAGUUUUCAAAAAUAUCACUUUUUAAUACUAUAAAGUUUCAGUAAAAGUUACUUUGUACAAAUAAUUUGCUCAAAUUGUCUGCAGAUAGAUAUUGUAAUGAAUAAAAUGUAGGUUGGUUUAAAGUUCAAACUAAGAUUAUUGUUUGUAUUUACCAUUUCGAAAAUCGUCAUCAGCCAUUGAGUUAUUUCGAUAAAGCUUUACAUUUCAAACUCUUUUACCAUGCAGGUUAUAAAAAUUGAUUGCUUGCCUUUUUCUAUGGCAACUCAGCUUUUCUGAUUUAAGUUUGUCCAUCAUUUUAGUGCCUCUUCACUUCAUGCUCGAGAUCAAUAUCCCAAAAACACAAGACCAUUUCCACGGGGAAAAAUCUCAAGAUCACCUCAAAGAGUUAUCUUAAGAUCACCACAGAAAGAUAUCUUAAGGUCACCACAGGGAGAGAUAUCUUACGGUCACCACAGGGAGAUAAAUUAAGGUCACCACUGGGAGAUAUCUUAAGAUCACCACAGGGAGAGCUAUCUUAAGAUCACCACAGGAAGAUAUCUUAAGGUCACCACAGGGAGAUAUCUUAAGAUCACCACAGGGAGAGAUAUCUUAAGAUCACCACAGGAAGAUAUCUUAAGGUCACCACAGGGAGAUAUCUUAAGAUCACCACAGGGAGAGAUAUCUUAAGGUCACCACAGGGAGAUAACUUAAGGUCACCACUGGGAGAUAUCUUAAGAUCACCACAGGGAGAGAUAUCUUAAGAUCACUGCAGGAAGAUAUCUUAAGGUCACCACAGGGAGAUAUUUUGAGGUCACCACAGGGAGAUAUCUUAAGGUCAGAACAGGGAGAUAUAAGAUCACCACAGGGAGAUAGAUAUCGUAAGGUCACCACAGAGGGAUAUUUUAAGGGCAGAUGCACUUGUAUCUCAUUUGGAGGUGCAUUAGCAGUCAGUACGAUUACACAAGAUAACAUCCUAUGUUCACAAGAGAAAUUAAGGAGGCACUCUACAUCGUCAUAAUGGCGAACUUCCUUUAAAACAUAGAUGAAAAUAUGAAUAGCAGCAAUAUUUGCCUAUUCAUUCCAAAAUUAAUUGCCUAGCUGAGUAACUCAGUAGGUAAAGCACGUUGACUACUUAACUGUAGAUUGUGGGUUGGAGUCCAACAGGGGUUUUCAAUUUUUUGCAGAUUGCUUUCCACUAAAACUGCAUAUUUUGAAUAAAUAAAGUAAAUUUGAAAGUU